UGCAAAGAUUGCAGAAAUGGAACAACGCAGAGACAAGUGAAUUUCUUGGAGGAUGGAGUAGAAGGCAGAAAAGAUGAAAGAGGAGGAGAUCCAGCUGUGGGUAAGAGUGCUUUAGCCCAGAUGUUUCGCAGUGAUGGGGCUCAUUUUCAGAGGAACUACACACUGACAGCGGGAAUAGAACUGUUGGUGAAGGCUGUAUCAGUUCCAGAGACAAGUGAUAGUGUGGAAUUCUUCAUUUUUGACUCUGCAGGAAAAGAUCUAUUUUCUGAAAUGCUGGAGAAACUGUGGGAGCAACCCAACGUCCUGUGCCUUGUGUAUGAUGUCACUAAUGAGCAAUCCUUCAACAACUGUAACAAAUGGUUGGAGAAGCUGAGGGCUCAAGCAGUUGGGGUGCAUAUCCCAGGUGUCUUAGUGGGGAAUAAAACAGACCUAGCUGAUCGUCGAGUUGUGGAGCAGGAACAAGCACAGGAGUGGGCUGAGAAACAUGGCCUGGAAUACUGUGAAAUGUCAGUGAAGGAAAUGAAAAACUUUGAGGCCCCUUUUCACAUCCUGGCAAAGUUAUUCCACCAACUGUACAAAGAGAAAGUGGAAACUUUUCACUCACUAGCCUGACUGAAUCUGUGUCUUCCCUUCGGCGUGGCUCGCUGUCCCUGCCUGGUGGGAGCUGUGUGUCCAACCGCUGUCACUUGGUGACGCAGUGCCCUCUGCUGGUCCCAGGUCACAGGAGUUCUCCAGAGGCUGCCACCUCCCUUGAAGUGAGCAGGAAGAGCUUCCUGCCGGCACAUCCAAAUUGGCUUAACUGCAAAAUGGAGUCAAAUUGCAAGAAUACCUUUUCUAUUCUAAAGAUAAAUCUAAAACUUAUAAAAAAUUACCUUUUCUUCUUCAUGUCUUUAUCAUCUUACAUAUUGUUGUGUCAUUUUUGUCAGCUGAAUUUGGCAAUAACAUUCUGAUUAGGUUCAGUUCUCAAUCUCAAAAUCAGAGUCCUCUUAUUAAAGUCUCUCUGCUUGUCAUUGAAUUUCAGAUAAAAGACCACA